AUGUAUGAAUUUUGGCAUAGGGAUAUUAUGUUCGAGUACACAGAUGGAGUGAUGAGUUUGGGUCAUUUGCUCUUCGAAUUGAUAUCAGAGGCUCUGGGGUUGAAUCCUGAUCAUCUGCUGAAGCUAGACUGCGCCAAGGGUCUCGGUCAUCUGUGCCAUUACUAUCCGGCAUGUCCGCAGCCGGAAUUGACAAUCGGGACAAGCAAGCAUGCUGAUAGCACCUUCAUCACGGUGCUUCUACAAGACCAUAUUGGUGGUCUCCAAGUUCUUCAUGAAAAUCAGUGGAUCGAUGUACCUCCAGUCCCUGGGGCUUUGGUCGUUAACAUCGGAGACCUUUUACAGGCAAAGUCCUAUGAGAAUUACAUUGAUCAACUAGAUUCAUAACUAUGUGACUGAUUGAUUUUUUG